AGCACCAAAUAGACCGGAUGUUGUCUGAAUGUCAAAGAUGGCGCUCCGCAUGUCACGGUGAAUUCUUAUCGGAUAGCGAGAGUCAAAUACUUCAUAUGUUUAAGGACAUGAUGUACUGUAUGUUGUACGGCAGCACAUUGACCAGACUUUAAGACUUUUAAUUUAUGAAGUGAACACAAUUGAGGAGGAGAUGGCUUCCUGUUUACGGCUGCUGUUUAGGCAAAUUCGACGUCCAAUUGUGGCUACAAAUCAGACGGCUCGGUGUCUGAGUCAGGCAGCCUCUCAGCCGGAGCCCUGCUCGGAGGAAAACGAAGCCGUGAACCCGACCUUUGUGAACAGAAACCCCCGGAACUUGGAGCAGCUGGCUCUGGCUGUGAAGGACCGGGGCUGGAAGACGACCUGGCCACACCGGGAGUUCUACCACAGGUUGGAGUUUUCUCGCACCCAGCAUCAUGUGACGGCACACGUGUUCUCCAGCAGCUCUCCUGUCCCAGUGCUUUCCUGCUCCACCAAGGAGUGGGCGCUGAAGAAGGAGCUGGCUUCCACAAGAUGCGUGGCAGCAUGUCAGGCUGUGGGCGAGGUGCUGGCUCAACGAUGCCAGCAGGCUGGCAUCACCAGGAUGGUGUACAGGGCGAUUCCCUGGACGUACCGCUCUGACGCUGUACAGUCAUUCAGGGCGGCAAUGAAAGAGGGAGGAAUCACCCUUAGUGAACCCAGAAGAAAAUACAUUGGCACCUGAAUUGAUGUCAUCUAUCACAUCUGUUGUUAUUUAAAAAAGCCCUCUGUAUCCCUUACUCUCUGCUCUUUUGUGAAUUAAGACUGUAUUGUUAUUAAGAUGACCAGCAAUUCAGUAAAUGACAAUUUAAAGAGAAACAAAAUGAGUGGCGAAAGUACGGUUGCUUGUCCCUGUGGUUUGUUUCUUGUGGAUAAAAUGUGAGGUCGUAGUAAACUCCUGCCCGACACCUCAAAACAAUAUGAGUAUCAGAUUAUGUUUCAAUUAUAGAGGUGUGCUUUUACUUAAUAUAUGAUGGUAUGUUGACAAAGUUCAGGCCAUCACUUUGAUUAGGAAACUUUGUACAAAUGCAUAAAGGUGAUUGAGUAAAGUACAAGGUGUAAAGUGAGUAAAAUGCAUUUAUUUAUUUUUGUAUAAAAUAAAUAGAAUUAUAUUUUACUGAUUUUUAUACUUUGAGUUCUAUCAAAAUCUAAAUUGUAAAUACAAGUCAAGAUUUCAAAAUGUAUCUCCACUAACUAAAUAUACUUUAUAGUCUUCUUAAAUCCAUACUCUCCCCUAAUUUGCUACAACUUAGAAGUAUAAGAAAUAGAAAAUAAAAAUUGAAUAAGACAUAA